CGAUCGUAUGAACACUCAAGGUCCUUACGAACGCUGCAAUAUUAUGCGUUACGGAUUUGCAUCAGAAACAGGAGAAGAUCCAUUUAUAAAUGGACGUCUCUCAAAUGUACUUGAAACAGAUGCAGAUCAUCAAGAAUUACGACGAGUAACACUUGAGAAUAUCUCACUUUCUAUGGAAGAAUUGGCAAAUAAAGUUCGGGAGGAGGAAUGCGGUACACAAUCAGAGAAAUACAGACAAGUAUUUGGGAUUAGCUGGUUAAUGAGGAACUGUGAGGCGAUACCAGAUGUAGCGGUUCCUCGAAACCGUAUCUACGCACAUUAUGUAUCGGUAUGCGCGCAUGAAAGAAUAAAGCCGUUAAAUCCGGCGUCGUUUGGGAAGCUUGUGAGGAUGGUAUACCCGGAUAUUAAGACGAGAAGGUUAGGAGUGAGAGGACAAUCGAAAUAUCAUUAUUGUGGAAUGAAACUUCGUGAUGAUCAUCUUUCGACACAUAUAAGUCCUAGUAAAUCGGAGCUUAAGAAUGCACAUGAAGAAAAUUCGACGUAUGCAGAAAGUGUACAUACAUCGUCAUUUCUUAAAGCAUUUGAUCCAUUAUUGGUACAUUCUAAUGUUGAGACGGAAAAGUCGUCGGAUCCUUUGAUUAACUUUGUAUUUAAGUCGAAGCAUCUUUAUUUUCCAACAUAUUCGUCAACAUCGAAUUCUAGUGCAAUGUCGCCAUUAGCGUCGUUUACAUUGCCUGAUAUUAAUCAAUAUAUUCCAGCAGAUGUAGAUCCGGAUACGAAGAACACGCUUAUUUCAUUAUAUACGUCACAUUGUAGCUCAUUGAUUGAAUCGAUUCGAUAUAUGAGAUUAAAACAGUUUCUUACGAUUACAUCUUCUUUUCAUAAUUCCCUUACAGUUCCGGUUCAAAAACUUCUUUCAUCACCAUUCCUAGCAAAUUGGGUUCAAAGAGCAGAUUUCGAAAUGUAUAGGGAAAUUAUACGAUUAUUAUCACCACUUGCAUUACAAGUGGUACCACCUCAAAUUCUUUCAUCAUUACGUGUUCUUUCAUCAACCUUGAUUAAUCAUAUUACACAUACAUUAUCGAUUCAUCCUCAACAUUUCGUUCGUGCUAAGGUUAUUCCGGCAGUCGCUUUUUCAGCACUUUUAUCAAGACUUUUACGUGUUAAUGAUACAGCACAUGCAGCAGCACGAUUUUUAACCAAUCCAGCAGAUAGAGAAUUAAUGAGAAAUGAUUGGCUUAGGUAUAUUGAUGCACGUGCAAUUGUAAAUCGAGAACUUCCUUGUAAAGAAGAUGAGGCAGUCAAAAUUCUUGAUGACGUCAUUCAACUCUUAUACGGAUCAAAUCAAUUAAAUAUUUCUAAAAAAAAUUCUACAAGUAAAGUGGGUUCCUCUUCCAUUUCAUCAACAGAUACAUCACAAACCGAUCAUUCAAUAAAUAAUGACGGUACAAACACUUUAGACGGUUCAUUAAAUCGUUGGGCCGACUUCUUUUCCUCUUUACCAAGUCGUUUUCCAAACAUUUCUCCAAAAUUAUUUCUUUUAUGUGCCGGAACCGUCGAAACCGCUAUUCUAAGAGAAAUCACUGUAGCCGGCGGUGAAUCCUUUGGCGCUUGGUGGGUCGUACGUUGUUGGAUCGACGAAUGGUUAUGUUGGAUUAGUGAACGUGGAGGUUUUCUUGAAAUACAAUUACUCGAACAAAUAAAUCCUUCUUCUUCUUCUCUAGAAAAAAAUACUGAUACACAAGCACUUACGGACGACCCCAAUACAACACUGGCUGUCGCAUUGUGCGUCGAUCCAAUCACUAAUGGUUCCAUUGAGACUCAUUUAGAUUCCAAAAAUGACGAUUAUAUCAAUAUGGUUUUUAAUGCAAAUGGAAAUACCGGCGAUGAUCCAACUUAAUCUUAUCAUUCAAUUCGCUUCAUUUACUCCUCUUUUCAUACAUUUU